GAGGUAAGUCAAGCAACCAAACAUGUUCAACCUAGCCCUGUGGAGCCUGGUCAGGGUGGAGGCAGGGAGCAAAUACAUUCCGAGCUCCGAUUCCCGCCACAACGUCCGAUGCCUUCCCCAACACCGGGCCACACGCGCCGCCGCUCACCGCCGGCGAUCACCGCCCUGCUGCCGCGUCUCCGCGCCGCCGCUGGGCCGACCACGCCGCGCCGCCUGCUCCUCCAGUCCAUGGCAGUGGUCCUCACCUCCGGGCUCUCUUCCUCCCACCCCGCGCUCGCCUCCCGCCUCCUCAACUCCCUCCUCCCGCACGUCCACGCCCGCCGCCUCCCGGCCCUCCUCCGCCUCCUCCCGCCCGACCACCUCACGCUCCUGCUCCUCUCCUCCGCCAAGCACCACCGCGCCCACUCCCUCCCCGCCGCCUGCGCGCUCCACGCCCUCGCCGUGUCCUCUGGCCACCUCCCCUCUGACCUCCGCCUCGCCAACUCCCUCCUCUCUCUCUACCUCUCCAACGGCUCCACGGCCUCCGCGCGCCGCCUCCUCGCCGACAUCCCCCGCCCCGACACCGUGACCUGGAACACUCUCCUCCGCUCCUGCCUCCGCAUGGGCCUCCUCCCGGCGGCGCGGCGCCUGUUCGACGAAAUGCCGGAGCGGGAUCUCGUCACGUACAAUUCCAUGUUGUCUGGGUACGCGGUGGAGGGAGAUAUGGCCAACGCCAGGGAGCUAUUUGAUGGAAUGCCCGAGAGGGACGUGGUUACAUGGAACUCAAUGCUUGCUGGGUAUGCGCAGCAUGGGGACAUGGAGAACGCCAAGAAGAUGUUUGAUGUAAUGCCUGUGAGGGAUGUUGUGUCAUGGAACUCGAUGCUGGAUGGGUAUGCCCAGACUGGGGACAUUGAGAUGGCAAGAAUGGUUUUCGAUGGCAUGCCGAGAAGGAGCACUGUGUCAUGGAAUGUCAUUGUUGCGCUAUACGCAAAGGUGAAGGACUGGCGUGAGUGUUUGAAUCUGUUUGAUGCGAUGAUGGCUGUGGGGGAAUGCAAACCAAAUGAGAAGACAUUUGUGAGCGUUUUCACAGCCUGUGGGAACCUGGGUGAUCUUGAGAGGGGAAGAUGGGUGCAUCGCUUGGUUCGUGAGAGGUGGGAGAGACUUAUUCCUGACGUACUACUGCUUACUGCUAUGCUGACAAUGUAUGCCAAGUGUGGGGUGAUGGGGACAGCAAAGGAGAUAUUUGAUUCUAUGACCGAAAAGAGUGUUGCAUCCUGGAACUCAAUGAUCAUCGGGUAUGGGUUGCAUGGGCUCAGUGAGAAGGCCCUUGAGUUGUUCAUGGAGAUGGAGAAGAAUGGGCCUCAGCCAAAUGAGACGACUUUCAUCUGCAUCUUGAGCUCCUGUGCCCAUGGAGGCUUGGUGCUUGAAGGCUGGUGGUGUUUUGAUAGGAUGGUCAGGUUCUACAAUAUUGAGCCCAAGGCUGAGCACUUUGGCUGUAUGAUGGACCUCCUUGGUCGUGCUGGACUGCUCAGAGACUCAGAGAAGCUCAUCAAGAAUUUGCAGGCAAAGGUGUCACCUGCAUUAUGGGGUGCCCUAAUAUCAGCCUCUCGAACUCAGGACAGCUCCAAACUUGGAGAAUUUAUUGGAACUAAGCUGAUUGAAAUGAGGCCAACAGAGUUCAGCUCCUACGUGCUUCUGUCAAACAUUUAUGCCGCGGAAGGAAGAUGGGAUGAUGUUGAAAAAGUGAGGAAGGUGAUGAAGGAGAAAGUAGUGGAUAAAGAUGUGGGGAUGAGCCUUGUAAGAUCAAGUGAGCCUGGUCAUGUUGCUGAAGAUGAUAUUUCAUAUCAACAGAAUUAUGUGAUGUUUUCGCUGCUGGGUGAGAUGGGUGUGCAUGUGAAACAACCAUCUGAAGUGUUCAACUAUAGGAGGGAACCUAAUUAGUUGUUCCAUGAGAUUUCCAACAGAGUUAUGCAUUAUUUCGCUAGGCGUAUUUAGGAAGAUAGAUGCCAAGUGGAGAUGCUUCCAUGUGAAUACCUCAUGUUUGCUGAUAGUUGGGCAACUGAAGAUUCUGGGGAGAGCAUACCCAGCCAUGGUGGACUUACUGAUAAGCUGGAUCGCCAUCAAAUGGUCAUCGCUAUCAUUGUGAAAAGGCAGCAGAUGCUAGAAUGCUUUGUGCGGAAAAUUAGAAACAAUGAUUAAUUUGGUGAGAAUAGGUGCAAAUGGCAUUCUAGCGUGGCACCAAUUUGAGAAUGGAAAUUGGGCUAAUCCCAAUUGUGCGGGAUGGCAAACAGGCGAAACUUAAGUUUGAGAAUGGCAAAAACCCAAUUAUCUCUUUGGUUUGAAUUGUGUGUAAAAAAAAAAUUGUGAGUUCUGCUGUUGUUCAGGAGGUGCACAGUUGUGCAUUGGCUAAUGUUCUUGUAAACUGCAAUGAACCAGAGCAAUGCAAUAAAUCAAUUUUGUGAACCAA